UGAAAUAAGGCUUUUCAGAAAGCCGAUGUGAGAUUUUUCUUGAACUACUUGUAAGCUGUCUGUAUGAACUGUUCACAAUUUGGUUGUUUAAUAAGAAACUGAUCAGCUGCUUGAAGAUAAAUUUCAAUGAAGUACUAAAUCGAUAACCAUCUUCAGAAAAAUUAUCUAUAUCCGAGUAAUAAAUGGACAUCCAUAUAUAUAUAAAUUAGAAGUUUGAAUAGCUUAAGCACCAAGUUGGUGCUUGCCACUGGCUAAUUUGAUCAGACAGCACUUUGACUUUGAAGGCAGUGUGAGAUGAGUCUAUCAAGACCUCUAGAUGAGAUAAAAAUAGAGAUAAGAAGUAUACGCAAGCAAUGAGAAUUUCUAAAAUUUGGAUCGGCAUGUAUACAUGGAUCUUCUGAUAAAAUAACACUGACGUAUUAUUACAGUUAAACUUCAAUACCUCUUAUGCCAAAAAGCGUUCAACAUUAUUUUAGAAAGAAAAGUAUAUAUAAAGCCAAAGUGCUUCCUUUAUGAACCAUGCGGCUCUUUAUUUCCUUUGAGUGGCUUCAUCGGUAGUUAGCGCAUCUUUUCAUCGAGCUGGUUGAAUGGCGGACUGGGGACCAGUGAUCAUUGGGGUGGUACUCUUCAUACUGCUGCAGCCGGGGCUUCUGUUUCAGAUACCUGGAAAUGGCCGAUCUCUGGAGGUCGGGGGCAUGAAGACCAACGGCAAAGCCAUUGCUGUUCACACUCUCAUUUUCUUUACUCUCUAUGCUAUCCUCAUUCUUGCCGUUCAUGUUCAUAUCUAUACUGGCUGAGCCUUUACUUACCAUUUUCGCUGAAGCAAUAACAUCUGUAUUUGAUUUUCUUGAGAAAAUAAAGAAAGAUUUUAUGUCUCAUUUCUGUUACUGAUUGUUUAAUAUAAAAGAAUUCUUCCUUUUCGACUUUUAA